AUGUCAGCCGCCAGCACCGAGACGAGCGCCCAGUUGCCCGCGUCCGCCAGCCGGGUGUUCUUCCAGCCGCCGGCCGGGGUUGGGUGCGCUGGUUCCGGCCCCAUUCCGCGGGAUGACCCGGUCCAGAGGAAGCAGGGAAAAGUGACGGUGAAGUACGACAGGAAGGAGCUGCGGAAGAGACUGAUACUGGAGGAGUGGAUCAUUGAACAACUCAGCGAUCUGUACGACUGUGAGGAAGAGGAGAUGCCGGAGGUAGAGAUAGAUAUUGAUGACCUGCUGGAAGUCAACAGUGAAGAUGAGAGAGCUGUCAAAACUACAG